AUGAAUGCCCUAAACGGGUUGAGGGCUCGUGUCCAUAUUCCCCGGACUUUCACCUCCUUGGAGGUCAAGCAGGAAGGGGAUGAUGAAGCAACUUUCAACAGAUGGACGAACCACGAUUGUGCACCCUCGCCCCCAGAGGAGCGCAACUACACACAGCGCGGCUACUUCGGAUUCUGGAUUGCAGCAACAGUGAACGUCUCUGCCUGGACACUGGGAUCGAGUAACCUCGCGAAUGGACUCUCAGCUGGAGAGACCAUUGGCAUGGUCUUUGUUGGAUCAGUUCUUGCAGGCCUUAUUUCCUUUAUUUGCGCAGAGCCAGGGGUUCAAUAUCAUAUUGGCUUUCCAAUGAUGAGCCGGGUUGCGUUUGGAAUGUAUGGAUCCUUCUUUGUCGUCAUGAUUAAAUGCUUCGUCAACUUCAUCUACUUCGGCAUUCAAGCAUACUGGGGCGGCCUUGCAGUCAAAGUUGUCCUUUCAGCCAUAUUCCCUUCGUUCCAAAAUAUGAGGAACACUCUUCCUCUCGAAGCAGCCAUCACCACGAAUCAGCUCAUCGGGUUCAUCAUUUACAUCAUGAUCUUCACUCCUUUGAUGCUCAUUCAUCCAUCCAAAAUGCAUAGGUUACUCUGGUUUGCUUUUGGCGCCGUUCUUGCCACCAUUGUCGGGCUCUUUAUAUGGGCAGUUGCCUCCAAUGGAGGCGCUUCUGCUCUUGCUGCAUCGAUCCAGGUCGAUGACAGUACCCGAAAGUUCAAGAUGUUGCAAGCAGUCAGUUCAGUUGCUGGUUCCUGGACAGGUAGCGCAAUCAGCCCGCUGACACGCCGUAGACAAGCCGACUGGACUCGAUAUGCAAAGACCAAGAGAACUCCUGUGCUGAACCAACUGUUCACUGUUCCCAUUGCGAUUACGGUCACCGCAACUCUUGGAACAUUCGCUACGAGCGCCGUCAAGUCAAUGUACGGCAAGGAGAUCUGGCAACCCAUCACACUACUAGAAUUCCUUCUCUCCGAUAAUUACAAUGCUGCCACCCGCGCCGGCUGCUUUUUUGCCGGACUAGGCUUCUUCUUGAGUCAGAUUUCGGUUAAUCUAGUCCAGAAUUCAGUCGCCGCCGGCAUGGAUCUUGCAUCCCUCGCUCCGAGAUGGGUUGACGUUACUCGUGGUAGUCUUAUCAUGUGCCUCAUCGGAUAUCUGAUCAAUCCAUGGCGAUUCGUCAACGCACCUGGCAAUUUCAUUACCGUGCUGAACUCUUUCGGCAUGUUUGUGUCGCCUCUUGCCGCGAUCAAUGCGGUCGACUUUUGGUUCGUCCGACGGCGAAACUGGACCGUUCCGCAUCUGUACAUCGGUGACAAGAGUUCAAUUUACUGGUACACUUUCGGGCUGAACUGGAGAGCAUUCACCGCCUGGACCAUUGGGAUCUUCCCCAGUUUCCCGGGAUUCGUUGUAGCCACUGGUGGUGCAAAGUUAGCGCCUGCAUGGCUCAAACUAUUCCAGACAGCCUGGUUUAUCGGCUUCAUUGGCGCUGGAUUGAUAUACUUCAUUAUCUGUCUCAUCAGCCCGCCGCCUGGAAAGCCAUACGAAAGGGUUCCAUUCGGAAAUGAGGGUCACGUCAUUGAAGGCCUUUCCCCCAGCGGUACAGAUACACCGAAUGAUGUGGAAAAGGCAAGCAUCACGCCGUCGCUGAAGGGUAUGGCUGGGUAA